CAACAAAUUCUAAGACCAAGCUAAGUUACUCCACAACACAGUGAGACAUAAGUUAAACGUCCAAAGGAAGUGUGUCUUAUUAUUUAACAUCACUUAUUAUGGUAAUUUGAAAAUACCAGAUGGAAAAAUAUAGGCUACAGUGAUCAAUGACGGCUUUGAUCAGCCAUGGCUGCCGUGUCAUGGAAGGAAAUUUUACUUUUGACUGGACUGGUGGUGGGAUGUUACUGGAACAGUCUGUCCUGCGGCUUUGUGUUUGAUGAUGUCUCAGCAAUCCUUGACAACAAGGACCUCCGGCCCUCAACACCUCUCCGCAACCUAUUCCUCAAUGACUUCUGGGGAACACCCAUGGCUGAGGAGCGGAGCCAUAAAUCUUACCGACCCUUGACUGUACUCACCUUCCGAAUGAACUACCUCUUCAGUGAGCUGAGCGCAGCUUCUUACCAUCUGCUCAAUGUUGUUCUACACACUGUAGUGUGUGUGCUUUUCCUGCGAGUGUGCCGGUUGUUCCUGGACAAGACUUCUAGCCUUGUGGCAGCGUUGCUGUUUGCUGUACAUCCCAUUCACACUGAAGCUGUCACAGGUGUGGUUGGCAGAGCUGAACUCCUCUCUUCAAUCUUCCUCCUGGCUGCUUUCCUGGCUUACACAAAAUCAACCAGUGCAGACCACUCCAUCGUUUGGGCUCCCAUCGCUCUGACAGUCAUUCUAGUGGCUGCAGCAACACUGUGUAAGGAGCAGGGAAUCACUGUUGUGGGCAUCUGCUGUGUCCAUGAAGUGUUUGUUGCACAAGGGUUUACGUUGCCCAUGCUUUUGGACACGCUACGCCACGUCCUGCAGGGUAAAGAUGGUUUCCCCUACGCUGUCCUACAAACCCUGCUGAAGCUCAUUGUCCUUGUCAUCAGCACCCUGCUGCUCGUCAUUGUCAGGGUCCAAGUCAUCCAGUCCCAGCUUCCUGUCUUCACCAGAUUUGAUAACCCAGCAGCAGUCAGCCCCACUCCCACCAGACAGUUAACUUUCAACUACCUUCUUCCUGUGAAUGCAUGGCUUCUGCUGAAUCCUUCUGAGCUCUGCUGCGACUGGACUAUGGGCACCAUUCCUCUGGUGGAGUCACUCAUAGACCUCCGUAACCUGGCCACCCUGGCGUUCUACAUGUUUUUGGGCCUGCUAGCUUACCACAGCCUGCGCUACAGACACAGCUCGGCCAAGACUGUCAUCAUGGCCCUGUCUUUGAUCGUUCUGCCUUUUAUUCCUGCUUCCAACCUCUUCUUCCCUGUGGGUUUUGUUGUGGCAGAGAGGGUCCUUUAUGUUCCCAGUAUGGGCUUUUGUGUUCUUGUUGCACAUGGUUUCAAGAUUGUCUCACAUAAAGGACACCUAAAGAGGAUUUCGUGGUUAAUAAUUGGGGUGCUUUUAACUACACAUGCAGUUAAAACCUUCAACAGGAAUUGGGACUGGGAGUCGGAAUACACUCUGUUUACGUCUGCACUGAAGGUCAAUAAGAACAAUGCCAAGUUGUGGAAUAAUGUUGGCCAUGCCCUUGAGAACCAAAACAAUUAUGCGAAGGCACUGCAGUAUUUUCUCCAGGCCACUCGCGUCCAGCCAGAUGACAUUGGUGCCCACAUGAAUGUUGGAAGAACCUACAAGAACUUGAACAGGUCCAAGGAGGCAGAAGAUGCCUACCUUGUUGCCAAAUCCCUCAUGCCACAGGUUAUUCCUGGCAAGAAGUAUGCAACACGUGUGGCGCCUAACCAUCUGAAUGUUUACAUAAACCUGGCCAAUCUGAUCCGCGCCAACGAAUCGAGGCUGGAGGAGGCCGAUCAGCUCUAUAGACAAGCAAUCAGCAUGAGACCAGACUUCAAACAAGCCUACAUUAGCAGAGGGGAGCUACUGCUGAAGAUGAACAAGCUCACGGAGGCCCGGGAUGCCUACCUCCGUGCACUGGAGCUCGACCGCACCAAUGCUGACCUGUGGUACAACCUGGCCAUCGUGAACAUUGAGAUGAAGGACCCGUCAGAAGCCCUGAAAAACUUCAACCACGCCCUGGAGCUCAACCCACGCCACAAGCUGGCACUCUUCAACUCAGCCCUUCUCAUGCAGGAGUCUGGUGAGCCAAAGUUCUGGCCUGAGGCUAACCGCCGUUUCCUGACCUACGUGGAGGAGGAGCCUGAUGAUGCCAACGGCUACUUCAACCUUGGCAUGCUGGCCAUGGAUGCCAAUGAAAAUGCGGCAGCUGAGCGGUGGAUGCGUAAAGCCAUCGGUUUACAGGCCGGCUUCCGCAGCGCCCUGUUUAAUCUUGCAUUGCUUUACUCCCAGUCUAAACGUGAAAUGGAUGCACUACCUGUGCUGGACGAGCUGCUGCGCCACCACCCAGAGCACAUCAAGGGCCUAAUCCUGAAGGGCGACAUCCUCAUGAACCACAAAAAGGACACGCAUGGUGCUAAAGCCUGUUUUGAGCGCAUUUUGCACAUGGACCCCACCAAUGUGCAAGGCAAGCACAACUUGUGCGUGGUCUACUUUGAGGAGCGUGACCUGCCGCGGGCCGAGCGCUGCCUGGAGGAAACCCUGGCCCUGGCGCCAAACGAGGAGUAUGUGCGUCGUCACUUGAAUAUUGUGCGAGGCAAAAUGGCUGCCAUGAGCGCAGCAGGGCAACCGCUCACUUCAGCAGAGGGAGCCACCAUGUCGGCUAAGGAGGAAAAGCCGAAGAGGGUGAAGGAGGGGGUGGAGGAGGUUGCUGACGGUGAGGAGGAAGGGAGGGGUGCUGAUGCUGUUGGAAAGGGGGCUGGGGAUGAGAAGAAUGUGCGGAAAUCCUCUGCAGAAAGCCUUGGAGGUGUGGGUGUGGACCAAUCAGAGUCUUUGGCCAGCAGCCAGUCUGAAAAGCGGACUAAGGGUAAGUCCACUAAAGAGAUUAAAGAUAUAGAGGAAAAAAGGGCAGCUGCCUUGAAGAGACUAGAGGAGAUUGAGCGCAUAUUAAGUGGUGAUUGACAUUGUUGUAGUUUAUAGCUGGACUACUUUUAUAGAGCUCUUCAAUGCUCCGAAAUAAGAUGGCAUUUUCCCCCUUAACAAUGUGUAUUCUUAAUCAAUUGUCAUUUUAUCGGUUUGAUUUAUUCACAUAUUUGCAGGCUGCUCUGCAUGGUCCUGCUGUUUUAACACUAAUCAUGGAAAAAAAAAAAAAAAGGGAAAUGUUGAUCUGCACAUGAAACUUGUGUAACAAAAAGCACAAAGCCAAUUUGGGAUAAUCUAUUUAAGGCAUAUAUUGCAGAUGUAGAUGCCAACGUGUGUGCUUCAUCUGAAUGUGAUUUCACAUAUCGUAGAUCUGCAGUAGUUAUAAAUAUUGUUUUGUUUCUCCAUGUGUAGUCAUUGUUUAUCACUGGAUUUUUUUUUUUCUUUCACUAAGAUGUGACUCACUCCCUGUGUGUUAUUGUUUUUAAAAACAGAAUGAUUGUAUCAUGGACAAUUAAAGGAAAUGACACGUUCCCCAGAUUUCCUCAAGGCAGGAUGAUAUCUGCAGAGUUUGCACCUCAAAAUAACUCAAACCAUCCAGAGAGAAGAAUAACACUCCAGUCUAAAUCAACACCAGGCUUAUGUUCCGUUGCAGCAGCGUCUUCUAAUCUGUAUUGAUCUCGCCCAGCACUUCCUGCCACUGCAUCAUUGGCCUCUGUGCUCACAGCUGCCUUCACCUCAAAAUUUCAUUGUGAUCCCAUCUAAAGACUAUUUCCGCACUCCCUUUGUCACAUUAGCCCAUGCAUCUCCUCGUCUGUAUCCCAUUCUUCAGAUACUGCAUUCACGCUAGAGAUGAAUAUUUCUCCUGCAUACACAUAGCUUUGAUCCAAGCAACACUCAUUUUAUGUGAUGGUCAACAGUGACACACGCUUAGCCAUCAGUUUUCUGCCAGCGUGCUUUGAAAAAUGAACAUAUUACGGAAAAAAAAAACCCCUUUUCAUUUAUCUUGUUCCGCAAUGAUUACCUUGUUAUUAUUGUAAUGUUCCACAUUUUUAUGUUUUUGGAGUUGUCCUUGUGUUUAUUUUCAUGACAGCUGUGAUCGCCCAAUCCAACAUACUCUCCGUCAUUCUCUGCAUACUGCUGCUAUUUACCUACAUAUUGGAGAGAUUUGUGGAUCCUUUUUCAGGGUUAAUCUGUGUACCUGCCCACAGAUUAACCCUGAAAAAGGAUCCACAAAUCCAAUCUCAAAUCUCUCCCUCAGGCCCUUCAGUUCUAUUGCAACACCACUAAAGAAAACCCAGCCCCUGAUUGGCUGCUUCCCAAGAGGUCUGAUGGUUUAAACAAAUGUCUGCCCUGGUUAAGAACACUUUAAGGAAUGACAGGCCAAUGACUGAUCAUCAAAACCCACUUUUGUUUCUGCACAUAUGGUUAACAGUGUAACUUCAACAGGAGCCCUGAUUGCCAUGAACCUAACAUGAACUGGCCUGUGAUUGUAGCGGUGAGGAAGCUCAGCAGUAUUCAAUUCAUCACACUCAUUGCAAAGGACAUUAGAAAUAUUCUUUCUCGCAUGCUGAUGUUAAUGUCUUCACAGCUGCUCGAUGUUCCUGUUUUCUUUCACCUCACGGUGCAAUAAUUUGUUUCAGUACGACGACUUUCUGCUCAGUGCAAUUCUUGAUAGUGGGAGAAGACUGAUUACUGUUGGCUAGGAGCACUGUGGUGGUACUAAGGAGCCUUGCUAUGCAUUGACCUUGUUUAUCCCUGAAUUUAUAUGUACAUAUAUUUACGGUGUACCUGUAUCCAGUGUUAUUUAUUUUUAUAUGCACUGCAAAUGCUGUAGAUGUUUUUGUUUACCACUGACAGUAUGCUUUAACAUCAUGAUGCAUUAUUUUGUCUCUACUAAUUUUUCUAUGUGUGCAUACUGUCACUUGUCAAUCAUGUCAUAGAUGUUUUUCACUCUCAAACAACAGAGCCCCAUGUCGGUGAUAAAACAUGUAUGAAAUGUUCAACCAACUGUCUGCUCUGGAAAGUAGGUAGCGCUCUGAAUGAGAAAGCUUGAGGUUUGCAGUGUUUUCUGUCUCUCCUCAUCUACUGAGUGACUGAUUUUUGUACGAUUUAAGAUUAUUAUUAUUAUUAUUAUUUUCUUUUUUUUAUGCAACAGCCCUUGGUGGUGGGGGUCUAGGUUAUUAAAUAAAGUGAAAUGAAACCUCA